GAGGACCCCGGGGCCACUGGCGCUUGCCGCGGCCCGCUCCUUCCGGCUCCAGCCUGUUAUACUUAGGUCUCGUGUGCCGAUAUUCCCAGAGCCGUCGCGGGGAGGACCAUGUUGCUUCCGAACAUCUUGCUCACCGGUACACCAGGGGUUGGAAAAACCACGCUGGGCAAAGAACUUGCAUCAAGAUCAGGACUGAAAUACAUUAAUGUGGGUGAUUUAGCUCGAGAAGGGCAGUUAUAUGAUGGCUAUGAUGAAGAGUAUGAUUGUCCCAUUUUAGAUGAAGAUAGAGUAGUUGAUGAGUUAGAAAACCAAAUGAGUGAAGGUGGAGUUAUUGUUGAUUACCAUGGUUGUGAUUUCUUCCCUGAACGCUGGUUUCACAUAGUUUUUGUGCUGAAAACAGAUAACAGUAUAUUGUACAAAAGACUUGAAACAAGGGGUUAUAAUGAGAAGAAAUUAAAAGAUAAUAUUCAGUGUGAAAUUUUUCAAGUUCUUCAUGAAGAAGCAUUAGCAUCCUACAAGGAAGAAAUAGUUCAUCAGCUGCCCAGCAAUACACCAGAAGAGCUAGAGGAUAAUAUCAAUCAGAUACUGAAAUGGAUUGAGCAAUGGAUCAAAGAUCAUAGCUCUUAAUUUUCACGACUGGCCACCUUAUAAUCACUGUUGAUAUUUCUCUGCCUACAUCAUAUAAAUUGUCCAAUUAUCAGUAAAACUUUUUUUUAAAUUAAAAUUGUGCUGUAGAACUAGUAGGUGGAUAGUAUAAAGAUUUGUGUUUGGGUUUUUCAUCCACGAGAAUGCUAAACCAUCUCAAGUAUAAUGAAUAUAAUAUUAUUAAAGAUUAAGAAUAAAUACUCAUCAUUUAGUGCUUCAAUUGCUAAAGAAUAAGUAAAUCUGACCAAGUGGGUAGAUGGAUAUCUUUUAAGUUUAUGAUAGAAGAAAAUGAAGAUGAUCACUUAAAAUAAAACUAAAG